AUUUUCAUCUGUGACGACGCAUCCAUCGUAAGUCUAAUAUCAAUGGACAAUGGUACACGGACGAAAAGAACACAUGCAUUAUGGUCCCGGCUCGCGGCUGCAUCAGCAGAUCCAUUUGGUUGGUCAUCGAUCGCAUUCGUUGUACAAGUAUAUUAUACCUACACGUGUGUACUAUACAAUAAUUGUAUGAUCGUCUUUUACUAUUAUGUCUGUAAAAAAUAUCGCGGUCGUCGCGUUUCUAAUGUCGUCUGCGGCCAUUGUGACGCUGUCAAAGCUGAGCUCGCGAGACGGCGACGACUCGAAUAAGAUAUUUUACGCUAUCGCUGACGACGACAAUAAUAUUAGGAUUCGACACACAGAAGAUGGCAGAUUCGUCGGUAAAGCUAGUUACACUCGGAGUAUUAACGUUACUGGUUGGGAUUACUUAGAAAUACUUACAUCCAUUAAAGUAGAUGACGCAACCCAAGCCUAUGCUGCUGGUUUGUUGGAAGGAUUCGUCACUGCCGAAUUAAUAAACACGUAUUGGCAUAAUAUUUUUCAAAAUUUUUGUGACGACCGAGCAGACUUAUGCGUAAAACUGGGAGAGUAUUUGCAGACAAAUAAAAAUUGGGUCAUGUCCCAGGUGACGGAGAAAAACGGAUCGGACGCGUAUUGGCAUCAGGUUGGACUCAUGUACAAACAACUCGACGGGUUAUACGAUGGAUAUAAAUUGAAUACAAAAGAAGGAAUGCAGUCUUUGACAUGGGAACAUUUUUUUUGGAUGAACGUUCAAGAAGAUUUAUUUAAUUUAUGCGACGCCUUUAAUUCUUCGCACCCUCGUAAAAAACCAUUUGGUGCUGGAUCGUGUUCAGUUCUUAUAAAAUUACUACCUGAAUCCAAAGAAUUGUUCUUCUCUCACGUGACCGGGAAUCGGUACGAAACAAUGUUGAGGAUACAAAAGCGAUAUCGUCUUAAUUACAAGGAAAGUAAAUCGUCGUACCAAUUAGUGUUAGGACACGACAUAACAUUCAGUUCGUAUCCUGGUUUUCUAUAUUCGAUGGACGAUUUUUACUUGAUUUCUUCAGGCUUAGCAGUCACCGAAACCACUAUUUCAGUUUACAAUCCACAGCUAUGGAGCAAUGUUCAGCCAGUUGGGCAGGUGAUGGUCUUCAUUCGGGCGAUGGUAGCUAACCGGCUAGCGUCCGACGGAUUGGCCUGGACGAAAUUGUUCAAGCAACAUAACAGUGGCACGUACAACAACCAAUGGCUGGUGAUCAAUUACUCUUUGUUUCGACCCGGUCGCAAACUGCCCAGAAGAGGGUUGCUCUACGUGCUGGAGCAAAUACCCGGACUGGUCGAGACGCGUGACGUGACCGAAUCGUUUCAGAAACAGACGUACUGGGCAAGCUACAACGUGCCAUUCUUAAAGGCAAUCUCCGAGGCCAGUGGUCAAGACGAUAUGGUUAAGCGUUAUGGAAAUUGGUUUUCAUACCGAGACACUCCCAGGGCUCGCAUAUUUGCCAGGGACCACGUCGGUGUGACGGACAUGCCAAGUAUGCUGCGCCUGAUGCGCUCCAACGAUUUCAGAAAUGAUCCAGAGUCUAGGUGCGAAUUUUGUGCUCCCCCGUAUUCGGCUGAAAACGCCAUUUCGUCCAGGAAUGAUUUGAAUGACAAAGACGGAGUGUACCCGAUUGAAGCACUUGGCUAUUCUAACCAGGGUGCUAUAGACGCCAAAGUAACGAGUUACAUAACCUUCAAGAGGCUAAAAUUUUUGGCCAUCUCCGGGCCGACUUGGGGCACUGGAGGACGUCUUGGUGGGUUCUGUUGGAGCAAAUCACGCGCGGCCAACGUCAGUCACGUCGGACUACCUGACUGUUGGAAUUUCACACCUAAAUUACAUAAGUGGCAGUGGCAAAACUAGAUCUUAAAUCUUGGGGUAAAGCAUAACUCAGGUUAGAUAAUUAGGUAAGAUUAUGCGGUAAACUACAAAUUCGUACAAUCAAAUCACGAUGAAAAGUAGUUUCAAACUAUGAAUGAAUAAUUUAAUUUUUAAGAAAAAUAUGUUUUAUGGGGCAGGGAGAUAAGCCUUAUCAGAGUUAUAACCCUAAUUCACUUUUACUCGAUAGGUCAUUUAAUACGACUUCAUAAUUUAGCUGUUUGUAAUGCGUAGUUAAAUAUUCAAUACCUAUUUAUGUAAAAGUGUACCUUAGAAAUAUUGACAAUUAAGAGGUAUUUUUAAAUCAGAGAGCUAACAGAUGAAACAGAUCUACCAUAUAAGAAAUACAUAUAAUCGAAAACAAUUAUAUUUUAUUUAAAUAAUUUUAAAUUUUAAAAAUAGUAAUAUAGUAAUAAUAAUAAGUACCUACCAGAAUUAUAUAAUAAGGAUUUCAUUAAAAAUAUAUAUAUUUAUAUAUCAUCAUAUUUAUAGAAAGUGAAUUUAUUAGUUAUAAACUUAUAACUACGGCUAGGAUUUCUAUGCAUUUACAUGCUUUUUUCCUUAAGUCCAAAUUGAUUGCUUGUCAGAAUGGAACAAAGGAACGUCUAUAAUUAUUGGUUUAUUUAUCGAAUUAUCUUAAAUAUACUACCUAUCAAGCUAAAAUGGACGUAAUACUAAAGAAGAAUAAGGGAUUCAAAACAUUUCUCAAAAUGUGUAACAUUAUAAACGGCGAAUAUAAAA